CCCUGCGACUAAUUCCCCGCCAUCGGCAUCCCUACUCAUCUCGAAUAAACUACUCCAGCGCGGCAUCCCUCCUCAUCGCGUAGUCCCCAAGGCUCGUAGAUCGAGCAUGUCAACCGCCCCUAAUGAACCUCCCGCGGAGGUGAAACCUAAGAACACGGAGAAGGUCCAAAAUACACCAGCACCCACAACAGCUCCUACAAACGGCGAGCCGCAGGCUCAAGCCGAAAAGGCAGCUGCGCCCGCGGCACCCAAGCUCUCUAACGCCGAACUGAAGGCAAAGGCAAAAGCAGAGAAACAAGCACGACGGGCACAGGUGAAAGCUACUCGAGAUGCAACCCCGGGCGGUGGACCAGCGCCUACAUCGGCUGGGCAGUCAGGCCCUCAGGUGACGGAGCCGAAGGGGAAUAAGGCAAAGGGCAAAUCAGACGGCGGUCGGCCCACCGACUCGGGCGCGACUGGGAAAGCUGCCGGAUCGAAGGGAUCCAUAUCAGCCCCUCCCCCUAAACCAGAGAGUGUGAUACCAGAGUGUUUCAGUCACCUUUCUAUGGCCAAGAGGUUACCAAUCACACAGGCUGACAAGGAUGUACACCCCACCGUUUUGGCCAUUGGCCAAAAGAUGGCCAUCUUUGGCAUUGAUGAGAGCAUUGCUAGAUUGGAAGCUACACUACUGGCUUUCAAGAAGGUGAUUGAGUCGUACACCACGCCACCCGGCAAUACGCUCGCCCGGCAUCUUACACCUCAUGUAUUGAACCCGCAGAUCGAGUAUCUGAGCGCUUGCCGCCCGAUGUGUUUUUCUAUGGGAAAUGCCAUCCGCUGGUUAAAAUUGCAAGUCAGUAAGAUCGACCCAGAUGUUCCGGAUUCCGAGGCCAAAAAACUACUCUGCUCGAGCAUAGAUGCGUUCAUACAAGAGCGCAUCAAGUUUGCAGACGUCGUAAUUACCGAAAAGGCUGCCGAUUGCGUUCAGGACAAAAGCGUGGUUUUGGUCUAUGGCCGGAAUUCGCUUGUUGAGGCAUCGCUGCUUCUUGCCCACUCAAAGGGUAAAAAAUUCGAUGUCAUCAUCAUUGACGACCCGUGGGAACAAAAAGGCCAAAUUUUGGCAAAGAAUUUGAUUGAAAAGGGAGUCCGAGUGACCUACAGCGGCGAUUUCGGCGCACUUCAGUCCCAUGCGGAGCUUGCUAAUGUAGUGCUACUCGGUGCCGACGGAAUGUUCAGUAAUGGAGCUUUAUAUGGUCGUGCCGGAACUUGCGAUGUUGCCAUAGCCGCCAAGGAUCAUGGGAAGCAGGUCUACACGCUUUGCGAGACCAUUAAUAUCACCGAAAGGGUCUCGACAGACUCUCUCACAUUCAACGAGAUUCACCCGGACUAUUGCUCUGGCAAAUCGUUCAGAUUACUAUAUGAUACCACUCCCAGUGAUUAUCUAUCGAUUGUGGUCACCGAGAUAUCAAGCGCUCAGCCCACCUCGGUCUCAUACCUGCUGCGGAAACUCGAGGACUCCAACUAGAAGAUGGGGCUUAGAGAUUAGGAGUAGUGAGCAGCAUCUAUGCAUUUCGGAUUUUAAAUAGCGUCUGUGAUUCGUGCGUAAUCUAGGGGAAAGACGGGUUUGCAUACAAUAGUUUAUGCGGCGCACCAUCUCACCGGCAGAUGUAGCAAAAUUGGGGACAGGGGGUACACAAAAGAUAACAGCGAAAUGCGACGUUGAUAUGAAGAUGAUUGUCCUUUUAGAAUCGAAAAUGCGGUGAUUUGCAAGUGAAAUUGGUCGAUGCUGUCGGCUUUGUAGCUGUGAUACCUCAAUACCCCUCUAUCUUAUGUA